GUACAUAUGAUUGGCUUUGAUGAAGUUAACAGCGUGUCGAAUGGUCCAAAUUCGCUGUCGAUAUACAUUAGCAAACACAGCUAUUUGAUUUGUUGUUGAUUGUCUGCGGGUUGCGGCUCCGAGAAGUUGGGCGGAGCGCUGGUAAUGAGCUGAGAUCGGUGGAGCUAUCACGAUUAUCACUGUGGUCUCGUAACCUCACCCCGAAGUCGACGACGAUCGCCAGCGGCGCACCGACUGUCUCCACUGUGCCGAGUUCGGCCGUCCGUCAGUUGGACUUCACCACCGGCCGCGGCUGCCCUGUGUGCACUGCCGGCCGCGGCCGCCGUCGGUGGCGCUCGGCCGAUUAUUGAUCAUGGAGGGGAGCGGCGCCGGCGCCGACCGGCCGGCCGGUGGCACCGAGCGCGACCGGCGCGGAGUCUACCUCGAGGACGUGGCCAAGGAGUUCGACAGCUGGCUCUUCUGGCGCGAUGAGGCUGGCGCGGUGGGCCCUGAGCCAGCCCAACAGCCCGAGUUCCAGGUGGUGACCGCGCGCCGCGUACACCUAGCCGAGACAGCGCGUCUGGCGGCGCCCGAGGCGCAGAGGGCGCCGUGCCGGAUCCCGAGUCCGACCGACCAGCUGUUGGCGGAGUCCAGACAGCGACUGCGAGGAUCCAGCUCCGCCGCCGCCGCUGCCAGCGCAGUAUCCGACUCGGGAAUCGCGUGUGGUGCGUCUACUGCCGACGAGGCGAGUGACUUAGAGGAGGACGGGUCAGCGCAGCCAGGACACGAGAUGGGUAACAAAAUGGGCACGGCCACGCCUGAGCGGCGUAAGACGCGUAUCAUGGCGAUCAAAGACGCGGGGAGAAAGAAGCGUUUGGGAGGAUCGUCGUCAUCUAGUGCAGAGAUUUUGGACACAGUGCCGCCGCGAACUGAGCAGCCGGUGGCGCCAGCCGACCGCGCCGACGUGCCGGAGCGGGUGGCGCGGUUCCCCCGGCCGGGGCCGGACUCGCCUAUUAAGGCCCCGCCUCACCAGGCGAGUGCACAGCCCCAGCCUGUGCCGCAGCAACCUCAGCCGCAGCAACCUCAGCCACAGCAGCCACAGCAGCCGCCGCAGCCGCCCGUGGAAGCCACUAACUCAUUUGUUACGGAUUCUUGGAAACAGGUGCGUCGGCUGCAGGAGGGCUGUGACGCCGCCGUCGGAGUCGCCUCUGACGAGAGUUCCGGCUCGUUCACGGACCCUCUGAGCUCGUCGCGGGCCGGCGCGCGCUCGGGGACCUCCAACACGAUGCGCCAGGACGCCGACCCGGACACGGCCACACUGACGGACGCUCUGGUGGCCGCCGAGCUGCCCAUGGACGACACACCAGUGCGGCGCCAUGACGAGCCCCUCCACCCGGACUCGAUCGAACUCAGUGUGGACGAGCGGCUGAGCGUGGACCUGACCCGCUCCUGCGAGCCCUCGAUGCUGCAAAGUCUGCUGAGUGACGCGACUCCGGUGGCCGAAGACAGGGCGCGCUCGUUCUCACAGGCGGAUGUGAAUGAGGGAGAGUCUCCGCGCCCCUCGACACGGCCGACCUUCACGGUCACCAAGCACCGUAAGGUGGACCUGGGCGGACGACUGAGCCAGACGGCUCCCGGCCUGGAGCACACCACGUCCGAACACUGCCUGCCAGGUGCUGACAGCUGGUCACGGAGAAGCUCCGCUGGCCCCCUCUCCGACUCAAACGUGCUGCGAAAGGUGGCCAGCCUGACCCACGCUGUCGCCGGACAGAAGGCCAGUCGACCGCGCUACCUGCCCGAAAAACUCGAAUUCAAACACUACGAAAAGUUCGAAGGCCAGAUGCUGGUGAACUGGUUUAUCUCGUCCUACGGCGACGACCAGGCCUCGCUGGGCGAACCGACCCUGCGCGCCAUGGCCGCCCAGUUUCUGACGCUGCUGCUGGCCGCCGGUGUGCUGCAUCAGAUUGAGGACAGCUCGGCACCGCUAGAACCAGUCUUCAGGCCGAACCUGAUGUACUACUGGGCGCACUCGGAACCAGCGGCUUCCCAGGCUUCCUCUCCCGGCCGGCUGCCCAACGCCGUGUGGUCGCCCUUCAGCCCGACGGCGGCCGGUGCACCGGGCCGGCCUCAGUCGGAGCAGGGCACCCCGCCUUCCCCGGUGAAUGCGGGGUCACAGCCCGUGGCCAAACCGGUGCGCCGUCUGGUGCCUGAAGUGUCCAGCACGGAGGCGCUGAAGCUGACGGAGCUGGAGAGCAAGCUGCGCCUGCUGGAGCAGCAGCUGGACAAGUACAAAACCAUGGUGGGACUGCAGGAGCUCACCAAGAACAUGAAGAACGACUACGGCCCCCGGCAGACCGCCGACGCCAAGAGUGGUCCGUCUCGGCAGACCGCCGACGCCAAGAGUGGUCCGUCUCCAGCGUCCACCCCGUCUAAAGGGGCGGCGCCCGCCUGGAGCCCGCAGAAACCGGCUCCAGUGCGGGCUCCGCCGCCCUACCAGCCUCCCCCGCCGCCUCCCUCGGGUCCUGCCCCGCCCCGGCAGUCUCCCGGGCACGGCCCUCAGCAGCCUGCUGUCCGCACCUCACCGAGCGCUGAGGGCUUCCCUUCACCGACCUCGCCGGCACGUGGUGUGCCCCCUCCGCCCGCACCGUCUGGUGUACCCCCUCCGCCGCCUCCCCCGCCCCCUCCACCGCCACCGCCUGGGUCUGGUAUACCUCCACCGCCCCCGCCACCACCCCCACCCCCUGGGUCAGGUAUACCACCCCCUCCUCCCCUGCCAGGGUCUAGUAUACCCCCACCUCCACCUCCACCCCCACCUCCAGGGUCAGGCAUACCCCCUCCUCCUCCAAUGCCAGGAUCAGGCAUACCCCCUCCCCCUCCCAUGCCUGGGUCAGGAAUACCCCCUCCGCCGCCGCCCCCUGGUUCGGGUAUACCCCCUCCUCCCCCUCCACCAGGGUCCGGUAUUCCUCCCCCACCCCCUCCUCCCGGAGCCGGAGUGCCUCCUCCCCCUCCCCCGCCCGCGCCGACGGCUGGAGGUCCGCCGCCGCUACCGCCGCCGCCUCCGGGCGGAUGGAGCCAGACACCAGCUGCAACGCUGCGAAAGGUGCCCGUGAACCCCAAGGUGCCGAUGCGGCCGCUGUACUGGACGCGUAUUCAGAUGCCGGUCGUGGCGGCUCCGGUGGCCCCGCCCGUGGCCGAUUCCAACGGAACGGAGAACGACAGCCAGCCAACGCCGUCGCUCCUCUGGGACCAGCUGCAGGAGGAGCCGUUUGAGGAGGAAGAGUUCACCGACCUGUUCGCCAGACAGGUGGUCCAGAAGAAACCGGCCAAAAAGAAGGAGGUCAAGAGUCCCAAGAAACAGGUAAAACGUGCCAAACUGCUGGACAGCAAGCGGUCGCAGAACGUGGGCAUUCUGAUCUCGUCUCAGCACCUGGAGAUCGCGGACAUCGAGUCGGCGGUGCUCAAUUUGGACACCUCCGAUCUCAGCCUGGACCAGCUCGAACAGCUCCUGGAAAUGAGGGCCACUGACGAGGAGCUGAAGACCAUCCGGCACCACCUGCAAAAGAACCCGGACGUCCCACUGGACAAACCCGAACAGUUUUUAUACGAGCUGAGUCAGCUUCCGCACUUUGCUGAUCGGAUCACCUGCUUCACAUUCCAAUCGUCAUUCCACGAGGCCCUCAACACGCUGGAGGUCAAACUGGAUAACCUGAAGAGUACCUGUAAGAUGUUGAUGUCUUCCAAGUCGGUGCAGCACGUGUUCGGGCUGAUCCUCGCGCUGGGAAACUACAUGAACGGCGGCAACAGGACACGGGGACAAGCUGAUGGCUUCGGUCUCGAUAUCAUCAGCAAACUCAAAGACGUCAAGAGCAAAGAUAGUUCUGUGACAUUACUGCAUUACAUCGUCAAGAAAUAUAUCCAGAACCACGACCCGGAGUGCUCGCAGCUGCCGGUGCCCAGUCCGUGGGACGUGGAGCGGUGCCAGCAGAUCCGCUUUGACGAGGUGGCCACCGACCUCCGCCGGCUGGCCAAGGAGCUCCGAGACUGCCGACUCCGCACCGAAAAGGUGGCGGCUUCUUCCGAGGAGGCUCACCUGCAGCCGUUCAAGGAUAACAUGGAGACCUUUCUGCGGGAGGCCGACCAACGACUGGAUGUGCAGCAGAAUAACCUGAAGGAAUGCGAAAACUGUUUUGCAGACGUCUGUGUCUUCUUCCAAUGCACACAUCGAAAGGACGGAAAGAAGAUGACUCCGAAGGACUUCUUCCUAAUAUGGUCGCCGUUCUGUGGUGAUUUCGCCGACAUAUGGAAACGGGAACAGCUGAGCAUUGUGAAAGAAACUACGAAGAGAAUGAAGAAAAUUCAGGAAGACAAGAAAAAGGUGACGAGAAAGGCAAAGGAAGCGGGUGGCCUGAAAGCGAAACUGCGGCUAUGACGGACGCUGGACAGUAGUGGCUGCGUUACUCCGCUCCCCGGUUGGCCGAUGUCGCUGGCUGGCUGGCUAUAUCCAGAGCCUAUCGAUGCUAUCAUGGUUAGUCCGCCGUCCCCGGCUGUCCUUAGGAAGACCCCGUGGUCACGUCCGCCCCUCUGCGGUGGCACACUCUGUCCGCAUCAUUCCGUGCCAUCAGUGGUGGCCGCCGCCAGUCGAGUGGUGUCCCUUUGCUGGCUACCAGUGUGCUGUGAGGCCGACCCAGGCCAACGCUCGGCAGGAACGCAGGCUAUGCGCUAGCCUGGCAGCUAGUGGUGUGGCGGCAGGCUAGC